AUAAUUCGCAACUGAACGCGCUUGAAUCUUACACCUGUCUCAACUCCAUUGCUCGAACCUUUCCCGCCUUGAUCCUUGUUUCCCCUUCCUAGCCUUACAGCAUCCGUGUUUCUCCCCGACUCCUCUCUCAUCGGCACCAUUACGGAAUGUUCACUGGUCAUGGAAUCGCUCGUCUAUGAGAACUCGCCUUUGGCGGACUACCUCCAGGGGGAAGGCGAACACGACCCAAACUGGCCUGUCAAGGAGACAGACCAUAGCGAUGAUUUCUCCGAUUCCACGGCUGCGGAUUUUGCCCCACGAGGAGUUUCGAAAUUCCAGGAGCGUAUUCGGAAUAAACUACCCAAGCCCCUUGAACGGAAAGUCUCGCGACAGCGGGCAGCUCUGGGUCGACUCUAUGAUGUCUGCACGUCUGCUCUGAACUCCCGCGUUGGACGAAGCGACAACGAAAGAUUCCUGGAACAGUUCGGCUAUGUCAUCGUUGCGUCUCAGCUGCUGAACGAACACUCUGCGCCCUCUUACACAUCAGCUGCAGAUGUGAUGUCUACGGCUCUUCCAGCAGACCUUCCAUCUAUCUCCACCACGUUUGGCAUACAAGGUGCUGUUGUCACGGCCUCGACUUCUUUCUCCGUAGCUUGGUUGUUACAUUGGAGCCGGUCUCGAACCUCGUCUGGUCUUAACCCUCGGAAAGUCGGAGUUUUGUUGGUUCUCGUGCCUGUAAUUGGGGUUCUGUUUUAUGCAUUCGCCAAGCGACAGUGGCUUAAAUAUUUGCGUCAUCAAGCUGUUGACGCAGCUGUGACUUUUAUCAGCAACGCUCAAGGGUUUGACUCUGCCGCUUCCGCAUCGGUUGUAUUCAUACAGGAGGUUGAGUUGGUCUCAAGAGGCUACCGCAUAAGCACACCGUUGCCCCCAGUAAGCCGACUCGAAGAUCAGACGCAAACGCGACGAUGUCUGAGACUGCGCCGAACUGUGUCGGAGUCGUUCUAUCUCAUGCUAGGCCAGUACAUCCGGGCCCAACAUACCCUACGCCCACUUACCGAUGCCACCAACCUCGCCAAGUAUUACGAUAUCUACGAUAUAUCAGAGGAGGAGCUUAUGGAGGCCCAGGCAGCGUUCGAUGAGCGAGCCACCGAAGAUCAGUACUCUCUACGCGCCCUUCGCACCCUUUUCGGAAGGCUUUACAUCGUGAGAAAGAGCAUCCUCUGUUGCCUUCUCGCGCUCGGCGCGGAUGGCGGCGGGUCCGAUAUUGCUAGAUGGACCACGGCAGUUGAGCAGAUGCGGGACCUGGCCCAUGUGACCGGCGAGAACAUCCACAAGAUGACCAACAUCCUCAACGAGGACGAUCGUGAUGUCAUCCCGCCUUCUCCGCUACCAACAGCUUCGCCCAACAAGGACAAUCUCCGUGCACAAUACCGAAAUAUCAAUUCGCUCUCCCAGGGAAUCCGUGCGCUUCACGCAAAGAUGCACAUCUUCAAGGAGGCAUCUAGCUCUAAUCUCGAGCGACCGGAUGCUGGUGAAUUCGAGGCGAGCCUCAUGCCUCAGUAUGAAUCGAUUGGAGCGGACAUCAGAAGCCUUCUCCAGGAGUGGGAGUCGGGCAAAUCCGCAUUGAUGAGUAGUUUGGAAAAACCCGCAAAUCCGGAAUUUUCGCGACCCUCGAGCUUUUUGAAAACACCCCUGUCACCCACACCCAGCCUUGGGGGCUCUACUGCAGUCGAGGGCAGCCCUGCAGACGCCCUUCGAGCGUUGACUGGCGAGAACACAGAUCCCAGCAUCGUUCAUACACUAGAUGAUGAGGAGGAAAUUUUUGAAGCUGUAGCUCUUCCGGCUCGGAACAAGAGGAUGUCAUUAACCCGAGAAGAACGAAUCGCGCGAGUCAAGGAAGAUAGAGCACGACAAGCAGCCGCUCGGGAGCGCACUGAUGCCAAUACAAACAUGCUCAAGGAGCUAGAAAUGGUAAUCAAGCAACGACCUCGUACCACAAUAGCUGCGAAACGUGUCACAAGCAUCUGAUUCCGCCAUCAUUCGACGGCAUUCCUCCAACCCUAUCCCUCUCUACCGCCACCUCGAUACCCGAAUUUUUUUUCCCUUCCUCCUCCCCGCAUAUUAUCACCUAAGCUUUACUCUACCUCGAGCUGGAAGCCGACUCUUCCUAGCAACCCUUGCAGAUUGAUACCCAGAAAUGUAUAGAGCGGUCCGGUGUCAGCGGCGUUAAGGCAGUUUUGCAUUCUAUCUCAGCCCGGUUACUUAUUAUUACCUCUUUCCCCUGGCGGACACCCUUGGACCUUACAAUCGUUGAUACUGUAUAUCAUGUACUUUUCUCUUGACUCGUCCGUUCGUCUUCCUGUAUACUCACUAUGCUUGCCGAAGCAAUGCUGGCGGCUUUCGCUUGAUCUCGUUUGUUCUGUAUCAUCAGCCUUGUGUACAUAUCCUACAUUCUAGCGUAAUUAUUGGUAUUGAGACAGUAUUCAAUUAUGUCUGAAGAAUGA